CGCGCGCGCGAGGGAGGGAGGACGAGGGAAGGCGACGACGGAGGUGGAUCUGAGGGUGACGAAGUCGUCGCACGGGGCGCUGCAGAGGCACGUGAACGCGAGUAAGAGGGAACCGACGCACGCGCAAAAAAGGGAGACGAGAGGCGGUGGACGCGGGGAUGGCGCGGCGAGUGGAAGCGGGAGGCCGCCGUUGCGCGCGGGGGAACGGAUCGUGCGGGCGAUGGAAUCUAUCGACGCGCCGGCGCAGGGCGAACGCAUCGCGUGGGACGUCGUCGCGAGCGCGGUGAAUCCCGAGGGUGGGAAGUUUAAAUUCACCACGUCGACGCUUAACUUUGCCAUUAAGGAGCUCGGUGAGCGUGGGAGCUUCGAUCGCGCGCACGCGCUGUAUUUGUGGAUGUCGCGCAAGCAAGGGCGGUACGCGCCGAAUGAGUUUACGUACGUGUCGCUCGCCAGCGCGGCGAAGACGCUGACGCAAACGCGAACGGUGCAAAACUUGUGGCAGCGCGGUAUCGCGGAGAAUGAUGAGAGCUUGAUUUGUAACGAGAUCGCGUCUGCGGUGAUCGCCGCACUCAAUCGCGUGAGUGAUUGGAGCGGGGCGUAUCAAGUGUUUCGGGACAUGGGCGACAAGGGCAAACCGAGAAAUUUGUACACUUACACAGCCGUGCUCACGGCGUUGAGAGAUGAGGCGAAGCCGGACGAGGCGUUGGCCGUACUCAACGAGAUGGCGCGUGAGCCUGGAGUUCAACCGACGAGCUUAGCGUUUUCGUUGACGCUGACGGCGUUCGAUAAUUGUCGACGCUGGAUCGAAGGUAACGCGGUCGCAAAACGUAUUAAAAAGUACGACGUGCGUCCGGACGCGACGUUGAUGCAUGCCAUCAUCACCAUGGCAGGACGUGCCGGCGACAUGGCGCACGCGAACGAAGUUUUCGACGCUAUGCGCAACUCAACGAUGAUCGUCACGACGUACACCUUCAACGCGCUCUUGGGCGGAUACGCGAGGUACGGGGACUGGGAAGGAUGCACUGAAGUGUAUGACGAGAUGAAACGCUCGAAAAUCCAGCCAGACUCGUACACUUUCACGCAGCUCAUAUCUGCUGCCGAGCGAAGCGGAGAGUACAUCGCGGCGGACGGCGUUUGGACGGAGAUGUUGCGCAACCGAAUCAUCCCGCACACCGUCAUGUGCGGAGCGUACAUUCACUGCUUGGGAUGCCAAGGUCGAGACCUCGAAGCGGAGGCCGUGAUGGAGAAAAUGCGCAACUAUUGGGAUGUUCCACGGAACGCUGCGGUGUACAAUGCUCUCAUCGGGGCGCACGUGCGAAGCGGCGAAGUCACGCGAGGACUCAGCGUGCUCGACGAUAUGCAACGCAUCGAUGGACUUAUGCCCACCGAAAUCACAUUCGCCGUGCUUAUUCGCGCAUGCCAGGAAAGUGCGCUACACAAACGCGCGGAAGGUUUAGAAGGCAUGCGCGCCUCGCUCGCGAACGCUGGACAACUCAUUCAAGAUUUGUCUGGCGCUUCAACCUCGACGGCGAAAGCAUAACCAUUGU